AUGGAGAAAAAAGAAUAGAGCUUAGAGAAGAAUAUUAACAUAAUCAACUUAUUUUAAUCAUUUGACUCUGAAUUAGAUAAAGAAUUCGCUGGAUUAGAUUUAUCGGGUAUUGUAUCAUACGAGGAUGUUAAAGUAUAUACAGAUCAAUGGGAAAGUUUAUCACUCAAAUCAUAAUUAAAACUAAUCAAUUCAGCUCAAAAUCUAAGCACUAAAAUCAAGGAAACUGAUUAGGAUGGCUAUUUUAGACUUUAGUUAUUUCUCUCAAACUUUUUUAUGACUGCUUUACAAUAUGAUAGAUCACUUAACAGCAUUUAAUAGCUAAAAUUGAUAAAUAAAUAGGUGCUUCAUUCAGCUUAUGAAGUGGAAAUUAAACUUUAAUUAGCUAAGAUAUAUCAACUGAAAGCUGAAAGACCUAAAGCACUAAAGUAUUUGUAUUAAGCUGAUCAACUUAUUAAGCAUUUCCAUCCAGAUGAUAUGCGAAUGAGAUAAAAGUAUUAAGAUAUACUGAUUGACUUGAAUCUGCAGAAUAAGGAGCUAAUAUUUGCUCAUUAGCUAUUGUUUAAGGAAAUUAUAUUUGAAAGAUAAAAUAGCCUAGAUGUGAAGCUAAGACUUGUAAAGAUCCUACUUUAUCUUGAGGAUUAUGUUGAAUGUGAAAUCUCAAUCAAUGAUAUAUUAGAAAGGAUAUCACAGGGAGAAAAAUUUAAGAAAUCGAUUCAAAUUACAGAAUUCUUAAACGUCAUUAUCUAUCUCCUACUAAAACUUGAAAAGUAUGAUCAGAUUUCAGAAAUAGUCGAUAAUAUACAAGAGUAUAUCUUAUUAUAAGAAGAAAAAAAGAAUUUGUUCUAUUAAAAUUUUAACCCCAUUCAUUUAUGCUCAAUCUUGAAUUAUCUCAAAACAGUUUAUGGAAUUUAAGUUAAUGAGUAAGUCUAGGGAGAUUUGGAAAGCUAAAAGCUUAUCAUUAUAACUUCUAUUCAUCAGAAUUGGAUUUGUGACUAGUAGUAUCUAAAUUCAUUUGAUUAUGUAAUUUGCGAAAGCGAUCAAAGCUCCAAUGAAAUGGGAAUAAUGAAUUUACAGUUUGUCCAAUUACUAAUGGAUUCACUCAUUUAUGAAAGAGUAUUCUAGGCUACAAGUCCUGCUAAUUAUGAAGUUAUGUUUGGAAAGAUUAUAAUGCUUUUGCGUACGGCUCCAAUUGACAAGUCAGUGUUUUUGCUCAAUAGCAUUGAAAAUGAAUUUUGA